CUUGUGUUGUGGUGAGAUGGUCAGCUGAUCGGGAAUCACGUGACUGGGAUGGAGUGAGGAGGAAGAGAAGAGAAGAUCAGGGGGGAUCAUCGUUGGUGUGGCCCGGACACCUUGGGGACAGGAAGGAGGGGACAGUGGAGUGCCGUCAGUAGAGGAGGAGCUGACAGCUGGAUGUUCCCUGUGCACAGGGCACGAGUUGGCAUCUGACUCACCUAGCCGAUUUGCAGGAACAGACCCGGCUUGUGUCACCAUGGUGAUGUUACUGGGGGUUUGAAUGGUGAACAGCUGCACAGAACCAUGGCUACCACCAGGCUGAGGAAUGACACGUACAAUGACUACAGCUCCACGGAAUCUAGCCCCACCGAGGAGCAUUCACCAGCCAUCAACAACGUUCCCUCUAGGUCUGGACAGUAUGAGCGCAUUGGAGAGCACAGUAGCAGCAGCACAACAUGGUUCCAGACAUUAAUACAUUUGCUAAAAGGGAAUAUUGGCACAGGAUUGUUGGGGCUGCCGCUGGCUGUGAAGAACGCUGGAAUUGUGCUGGGUCCUCUGAGUCUGGUGGUAAUGGGAAUAAUUGCUGUCCACUGCAUGGAUAUUCUGGUAAAGUGUGCAAAUCACAUCUGUCAAAGGAAUCAGCGUCCGUUUGUGGAUUAUGGAGAUGCUGUGAUGUGUGGGAUGGAGAACGCCCCCAGCCAUUGGUUAAGAACAAAAGCCGUUUGGGGAAGGAGAUUGGUUGGCUUCUUCCUUAUUCUGACACAGUUGGGAUUCUGCUGUGUUUACUUUGUGUUCCUGGCUGACAACAUUAAACAGGUGGUAGAAGCUGCUAAUGCCACUUCAAAUGACUGCAGUUCAAAUGUGACAGUGGUAUUGAAGGAGAGUAUGGACUCCAGACUUUACAUCUUGUCCUUUCUGCCAUUCCUCAUACUUUUAGUCUUCAUGAGGAACCUGCGCUAUUUGUCUGUCUUCUCGCUGCUUGCAAACGUGGCCAUGUUGGGGAGUGUCGUCAUGAUCUACCAAUAUAUUGGAAGGGAUAUUCCAGACCCCACUCAUCUUUCCUAUGCGGCCAGCUGGAAAACCUACCCGCUCUUCUUUGGAACUGCUAUCUUUGCCUUUGAGGGCAUUGGAGUGAUUCUACCUUUGGAGAAUAAGAUGAAGAUCCCCCAUCAAUUUCCUGUUGUGUUGUAUGUUGGCAUGGGUAUCGUCACUGUUCUUUACAUCAGCAUGGGUACACUUGGAUACUUGCGUUUUGGCUCCAUGAUACAGCCUAGCAUUACUCUGAAUUUACCAAAUUGCUGGCUAUACCAAUCUGUGAAACUGCUGUAUUGCUUUGGGAUCUUUAUCACAUUUGCAUUACAAUUCUAUGUUGCUGCAGAAAUCAUAGUCCCCACUGCCACCUUUAGGGUGUCUGAACGCUGGACGCUAUUGGUGGAUCUGAGUGUGAGGGCAGCUCUGGUUUGUAUAACAUGUGUCCUGGCCAUCCUCAUUCCUCGCUUGGACAUUGUCAUCUCAUUGGUGGGAUCUGUAAGUAGCAGCGCUCUGGCUCUGAUAAUCCCACCUCUUCUAGAGAUUGUCACAUAUUACUCCGAAGGUCUUAGUCGCUGGGCCAUAGCCAAGGACAUUUUAAUCAGCCUGGUGGGCUUCCUGGGAUUUGUGCUUGGAACCUACGUGACCUUAUGGGAGCUGCUAGCACCAGAAUCUCAUCCAGGUCAUCUUAACACCACUCUGUAUGUGAUUCAAUAAAGGCUGAUGUUUCCCCUCAAGAUAUCUGCAGGUACUGGGGAAAGGUGGAAGCUUGAGAGAUCAAAAUGUUCUCUUUUAUAAAUGUACACUCUCGCACCAUCACUGUCUCAUGAAUGUAUGUAUUCUAGCUUCUUUAAGAUUGAUAAAACUUUGAUGUCUGUACUUACAACUA